AUGGUUUAUCUCAAGUCUUCGCUCCUGGCCCUGCUGGCUCUUCCCCUCUCUGGCGCGUUCGCGGCCGCGGAGGCUCCAGUUGACGCCGGUGCUACUGCGUCGACCCUCAAGGCCGACAUCGAGACCACCUUCCCUGACGCCGACAUUUUUGGUGUCAAGAUCGUCAACGGCCACCCCACAAAGGCCAUUAUCGAGUUCACAAACAAUGAGGAUGCGCCGAUCCAGGUUGCCAUGGUUGGUGGCACCUUGUCUACCACCGACGAGCUUGCCGAGGAUGCUCUUCCCACUGCCAAUAUUAUCCGCAACCUGACUGCUGCGCGUUACGACUUGACCAUCGAGGCUGGCGACAAGAAGGCUGUCCCCUACUCCUUCGCGCUUGACGCCAACCCACAAGAUGUUCUGCUUCAGCUUAUCGCUGUUGUCAGCAAUGCCAAGGGCGACGUCUUCCAGGUCCAGGCAUACAACUCCACGGCCUCUAUUGUCGAGCCUCCCACCAGCAUCUUCGACCCCCAGAUUAUCUUCCUCUACCUCUUCCUCUCUGGCGCCUUCGCUGGCACUCUUUACUUCGUCUACAAGACGUGGAUCGAGGCCCUGUUCCCCCAGGCCAAGAAGGCCAAGUCCUCCAAGAAGGCGCGCACCGUUAGUGUCACUGUGCCUCUGGCCGACUCUGAUGCCACUGCCGAGGCCACCUCCACGGGCAAGGGCUACGAUGAGAGCUGGAUCCCUGAUCACCACAUUAACCGCCCCGUCGCCAAGCGCGUCAAGAGCGGUGCCAGUGGCAAGCUCAGGAAGAGUGCCGAGUAG